UCGGAUAUGCCCCAUUUACCGGCAUCAACCGGUCACCCACCCUCCACUCUAUUUCUUCCCGCGAACUCACUACAAAACUUCCAAAAUACGACGUGGCACUGGGAUCUAGGGACUCAAUUUCUGAGGAUUUCUUGCCACAUAACUUUCUGAAGGUGAUGGCUUUGGAUGCUUUUCUGGAUUCCGGCAGCCUACCUAUGGCAUUGCCUGUUAACGGGGCUGAAGGGAUUCUGGAGGCACUAAUCUCGGACAGCUCACUCAAAAAUGAAGAGCAUUUCGGUUAUAUUCUCAGUCUUGUCCAAAUAAACCAAAAUCCAGGUUCAAAUAUUCAGAAUUCAACAAUUCUAGGAAGAUCUUCGACUUCAAGAAUCGGUAUAGGCCAUGAUGCUGCCGUUGCAGUCGCAAACCCAACUCUCCCAGCUGGUACUUAUUUGCAGAGUCAUAGCAACACUACUCUGGAGCCUUACAUCAGCCUACCCGUGUCAUUUCCAAGUGAUGACGGUCUUGUCAAUGUUUCUUAUAACUGUGAUAUAUUUUCUCAGUUAUGUCGAGCCAGAGAAGAAGAGAGUAAUAAGCAGAAAUUAGAAGGUGCUGUAGGCUCUACUGAUUUAUGCAAGACUAAACGACAAUGUAAUCAGAAUUCAGUUCCCGCUAGAAUGCAACGGGAGCCGGGAAUUCUUGCUCCGGUUCUGAAGAAACCAAGACUCCAUGUCGGCCAAGGGAACAUCCAGCAGCAGCAGCAGCAGGAGAGUAUUCAGGAAUUGCUGUUGAAGGAAUUAGACUGCAACCCACAGCUUAAGAAACAGCUGCCAAAACAAAAAAUGAGAAUACUGCUGCACGACCAGGGUAAUCAACAAGAGACUUCUGCUCCAUUACUUGACGGUGGCAUUUGUUCUCGGAGAUUGAAGCAGUAUCUAUAUCAUAUGAGAAGUAACACACAUGACAAUGGCAUUUCCUAUUGGAAGAAGUUUGUUUCUGAGUACUAUGCUCCCGGUUCAAAGAAAAGUUGGUGUUUCUCUAAAUAUGGAAAUAUUAAGCUGCAAACUGCUGGUGUUUUCUGCCCAAAAUCCAUGGGCACGUAUGGCUGUCAAAUAUGUGGUCUAAAAUCGGGGAAGGGACUCGAGGCAACCUCCGAAACGUUUCCUAGGCUGUUCAAGAUGAAGUUUGAGAGUGGUAUGCUCGAUGAGAUCCUGUACAUCGAUUCACCCCGAGCACAUAAAGUACAUAAUGGACUAGUCCUGGAGUACGGGAAAGCCAUUCAAGCGAGUGUGUAUGAAACAUUUCGUGUUGUUCACAAUGGUAAACUUCGUGUUGUUUUCGGGAAUGACUUGAAGAUAUUGUCCUGGGAAUUUUGUAUCGAAAAUCAUGAGGAAUAUCUGCUCCAAACAUUGUUUACUCCUCAGGUGAAGCAAUUGGUUCAGGCAGUUGAGAAAUAUCAAGAUAUCCAAAAUUGUGUCUCGUCUAGAGCCUCGUUGCUGGAUCUACAAAGAGUUUGUGACAUGUGUGUAUCAGCUGGGAUUCAAACAGUGAGGAACAUGGAACUCCCGCUUGUGAAUGAUUUGGGGUACCCCAAGCGAUUUAUCCGGUGCUUGCAGAUCUCCGAAGUCGUUGAUAGCAUGAAAGAUCUCAUGGCAUUCAGUCAGGACACAAAACUGGGAGCGAUUGAGUGCUUAAACAACUAUUCGCGAGGAAGGAACAUCCAUCACCAAGGAACGCUACUACCUGUGGACGAUGAUCAGAAUUCACCAGUGCUGUACACAAAUGGCUGCUCGAUGUCUGAAAAUGGAGUGGUUUCAGGACUCAAGAGCUUAGGUUUGGCUUUCAUCGGGCAAAACUCCUCAACUAUCAUGGCUUUCGAGCAAUCUUUCGACUCUCAUUUUCACAAAGAGGUAGCUGCCACAUACUUGCCGAGGUCCCAAGCUUCUGAACGCGGUCAAGCUUCAGUCGACAAGAUGCUCCUUGAGAUGUUGGCUGCCAGCAGGGGAAGGAUCGUGCAGGACAGUCACAAGAGGCCGGAUGAUGACCAAACAUGUGCAACGAGCAAGAAACCUCGUUGCAGUGAGGGCUCUAAUGCCGCCACUGCACAGCAUCUAUACGGUCACUGCCUACUUAGGGAGAGAUUCUUCGCAACAAAAAGCGCUGUAAUCUCUCCCACUACCAACGGGGUAUAUCGCCACAGAAUCUACAGAGAGGCCGCCUUUUGUGUGCGUGCAGUCGAUCUGUGUCAUCGAGAACUUGAGCUUGGUGGAGUUGCAGGAAGCGAGCACGACAAAAUCGCCAACGUGAUAGUAGAUCCAUCUCCCAGGCUCUCUCAAGUGGUACUGCUUCUUAUCCCAGCCGUGGACGUGCUCGAGGCGGCGGCGCCCCAGCCUCUUGCCCAACUGCAGGCGGAAGAAGAGACUGUAUUUUCCUGCUGGGAGUGGGAAGUCAAUGUCCCCAUAAACCUCAAGCCACCAUAUGUGUUGGAGAUAUGCUACUGA